AUGUCCGUAUACAACCAAAGGAACCAUCAAACUCGUCUUAAUGAGUUGUUGGAUGCUAUCAAGUCAGAGUUUGACUAUGCGUUGAAUGAGGCCACCAGUUUUAAGAAAAUUGAGGAUGAGUACCAUUUGAAGUAUUCUCAGCAAAAUACUGAGUUACAACAGAUUAGACAGACUGUUUAUGAAUUGGAAAUGGCUCAUAGAAAAAUCAAAGAGGCUUAUGAAGAAGAAAUAUUGAGGUUAAAAACUGAAUUGGAGAAUAGAGAUAGACAAAUGAAGAAUGGGUACCAACAGCAACAACAGCAGCAGCAAGCACCUCCUCCACAACAGCAGCAGCAGCAACAACAACAACAACAGGUGCCUCCACCUCAGCCACAACCGGUUCAACAACCACCUCAACCACAACCUGUUCAGCAGCAACAACCACCUCCACUUCAGCAACAGCAACAGCAACCACCUGCUUCUGUUCCACCACCACAGCAACAACAUCAGCCGGUCCAACAAGCUCCUCCGCCAGCUACCCAGUCACAGCAAACGAUUCCCACACAAGCUUCUCCUCAACAAGCUUCUGUGGCAACAGCGGCAGCAGCAGUAGCACCUGCUUCCGCCAGCAAUGCGUUAACUAUCAUUGACAAGUCUCAAUACAUUGUUAAUCCAGCUCAAAAAGCAGCACAUGUUAAGGAAAUACCUCCAUUUUUGCAAGAUUUGGAUGUAGCUAAAGCCAAUCCUGAUUUCAAGAAACAAAAUCUUGACUACUAUGUUUUGUAUAAUCCAGCUUUUGCUCGUGAUUUAGAUGUUGAUUUAAUUCAUUCAUUAGAUCAUUCGUCAGUUGUUUGUUGUGUUCGAUUUUCCAAAGAUGGUAAAUAUAUUGCCACCGGAUGUAACAAGACUACACAAGUUUUCAACGUUGAAACUGGCGAAUUGGUGGCUAAAUUAAUUGAUGAUUCUUCCAAUUCAGAAACUAAAGAAGAAGAUACUCCUUCUUCAAAUGGAGAUUUAUAUAUUAGAUCUGUUUGUUUCUCUCCCGAUGGUAAAUUAUUAGCUACUGGUGCUGAAGAUCGUUUGAUUAGAAUUUGGGAUUUGACUACAAAGAGAAUUAUUAAGGUAUUGAGAGGUCAUGAACAAGAUAUUUACUCGUUAGAUUUUUUUCCUGACGGAGACAGAUUAGUUUCUGGGUCUGGUGAUAGAUCGGUUAGAAUUUGGAGUUUGAGAUCUUCUCAAUGUUCAUUAACUUUGAGCAUUGAAGAUGGUGUAACUACAGUUGCUGUUUCUCCUGAUGGGAAAUUAAUUGCUGCUGGUUCAUUAGAUCGUACUGUUCGUGUUUGGGAUUCAACAACCGGGUUCCUUGUUGAAAGAUUAGAUUCUGGAAAUGAUAAUGGAAAUGGCCAUGAAGACUCAGUUUAUUCAGUGGCUUUCUCCAAUACUGGUAACCAAAUUGCUUCUGGAUCGUUGGAUAGAACAGUUAAAUUAUGGAAUUUGGAUGGUAAACUGGAUAAAAACUCAAGUUGUGAAGCUACAUACAUUGGUCAUAAAGAUUUUGUCUUGUCGGUUUGUUGUACCCCAAAUAAUGAAUAUAUACUUUCAGGUUCAAAAGACCGUGGAGUUAUAUUUUGGGAUCAAAAUUCAGCUAACCCGUUGUUGAUGUUACAAGGACAUAGAAAUUCGGUUAUUUCAGUUGCAGUUUCUUCAAAUUUGCUGGCAACUGAAGGUAUCUUUGCCACUGGUUCUGGUGAUUGUAAAGCCAGAAUUUGGAAGUGGACAAGAAAGGCAUAA